AUGGCAACCUACGUGCAGCUAAACACCACUGCCAAGAUGCCCCUCGUGGGGCUGGGCACCUGGAAGUCUCCAGCUGGGCAAGUAAAAGCUGCAGUGAUGGCUGCCAUCGAUGCCGGGUACCGCCACUUCGACUGUGCCUACGCAUACCUGAACGAGAGUGAGGUUGGGGAAGGGAUCCAGCAGAAAAUCAAGGAAGGUGUUGUGAAAAGAGAAGACCUCUUUGUUGUCAGCAAGCUGUGGUGCACCUUCCAUGAGAAGCCUCUGGUGAAGGGAGCCUGCCAGAAGACUCUUGCCAAGCUGAAGUUGGAUUACCUGGAUCUCUACCAUCACUGGCCUUUUGGCUACAAGGCUGGAGAGGAAUUGUUUCCCAAAGAUGACAAAGGCAUGGCCAUACCCAGCAACAGUGAUCUCCUACAGACGUGGGAGGCCAUGGAGGAGCUGGUGGACUGUGGACUGGUAAAAGCCAUUGGAUUCUCCAACUUCAACCAUGAGCAGAUUGAAAGGAUCCUGAACAAGCCAGGACUGAAGCACAAGCCUGUAAAUGUCCAGAUUGAAUCUCAUCCAUACCUCACCCAGGAGAAGCUGAUCAAGUACUGCCAGUCCAAAGGGCUGGCUGUGACUGCAUAUUGUCCCCUUGGCUCUCCUGACAGACCAUGGGCUAAGCCCGGGGAUCCUUCCCUUCUGGAUGACCCCAAGAUCAAGGAGAUUGCAGCCAAGCACAACAAAACCCCAGCACAGGUUCUCCUUCGCUUCCAGAUCCAGAGAAAUGUGAUUGCGAUUCCCAAAUCCGUCACCCCACAGCGCAUUGUGGAGAACUUCCAGGUGUUUGACUUUGAACUGACUAAAGAGGAGAUGGCAACUAUUCUGACCUUCAACAGAAACUGGAGGAUCUGUGAAAUGAACGUGUCCAAAAAUCUCAAGGAAUACCCUUUCCAUGCAGAAUACUGA